UCUGCCCAAGCGAUCUGUCCUGCCUGUAAUACGUUCCUGGGUUCCUUACCACAGCCAGAAGACUGGAGUGUCUUUUCACGACCAGUAAACCAGACCAGUGCUGCUGCUUCAGUCUACAGAACGGAUACCAUUCGGUUGGGGUUCAAGACUGGGCUUUUUGGAUCUGAAGAUAUUCUCUAUUGGAAUAUAUUCGGACUUUUCUGUUUGCUUUUCUAGCGAGGAUAUUUAUUUUGUGUUUUGUUUUUUCUUUCCUUUUUGUGUGUGUGUUGAUUCAAGAGGAAUUAAAGGAGGCCACAACGUGAUCCAGCGAGCAGGGGUCUGACCGUACGGGAACUGCGCCAACCGAGGAUCCGUCCGUUGUCCCGUCGUCCGUUGGUCUCCUGAGGAAUAGCCGAGUACUUUGGAUUAAUGUAUGGCACAGGCUCACGGAGGGAGAACGUGAUUCUGGGUUUCCUGCAGGGCUGGAGUACAUGAGUGAUACAGGCCUGGAGUGAGCCUGUACUAUCAGGAUUGGUGUUGGCAUGGCUCAGUCCACCUUUUGGACCUUCUUUUCAUCAUGACUGAUCAGCUUGACCACAGACCCUGAGGAGAGCCUGUAACUGCCGGAGGUUAGUGAGCCCCUUUUUCUCUUAGGAUCUUUCCUAAGAGGACGGGGCCUCUAUGUAACACAGAGAGAUCUAAGUUAGACGAUACAAAGACUCUACAACUACUACAACAGAACAACAAACAAAAAAACACGAAAACUCAGGCUUGCUUUUGAGAGGAAAAGCCUGCAGCUUUGUCUGAGUUUGAGUGGAGAUGCUUUUUUCCACCUCUGACAGUCCUGGCAAAGCCUUUGAUGGCUUGAGCAGCUGAGAAAACAAGAGGAGGGUCAGCUCAAAACAACAAGGAUCAGUUUAAGUUCAAACACACUGAUCCGGGUCACAAUAUAACCAAGGGUAUAACCAAACACCUUCUCUCUCUCUCUCUCUAACUGCAAAAAUAAACGUAAGCUUUCUGAAAAGGACUUCAUAGGAAAGAUUUCAACUUAAAUCUCGAUUGGAUCUGCUGGAUUGGGAAAGGAUUCUUCGGUGGCUGGAUAUCGAUUAUUUUCAAUCAGGGAGAAGACACCACAACCUCAAAACAAGAUGGCCGCCCAAUGCAAGAACUUCCUGCUCUUCUUGACUAGGGUAGGACUACUUCUGGGUCUGGCUAACCCUCUGGUGACCUCCGCCUCCUGCCCCUCGGCCUGCCGGUGUGAUGGGACCUUCAUCUACUGUAAUGAUCGAGGCCUCACCUCUAUCCCUACCGGCAUUCCGCUGGAUGCUACUAUUCUCUUCCUCCAAAACAACAGGAUCAAGAGCGCCGGCAUCCCCACCGAUCUGAAGAGGCUAAGCAACGUUGAGAAGAUCUAUCUGUACUGCAAUAAUCUGGACGAGUUCCCCCAAAACCUGCCGAUCGGGGUCAAAGAGCUGCAUCUACAGGAAAAUAAUAUCCGCAUGAUUACGCAUGCGUCGCUGGGUCAGAUCCCUCUGAUCGAGGAGCUACACCUGGAUGAUAACUCCGUCUCGGCGGUUAGCAUCGAGGAAGGAGCGUUCAGGGACAGCAAUCACCUGAGACUACUCUUUCUCUCCAGGAACCAUCUGAGCACCAUCCCGUCCGGCCUUCCACAGACCAUCGAGGAGCUGCGCUUCGACGACAACCGCAUCUCGUCAAUUUCAGAGGCAUCCCUGCAGGACCUGAUCAACCUGAAGAGACUCGUCCUAGACGGGAACCUGCUCAACAACCGCGGCAUCGGCGAAAUGGCCUUCAUCAACCUGAUUAAUCUCACCGAGCUCUCCCUGGUGAGAAACACCCUUACGUCGCCGCCGGCUAACUUACCGGGAACCAGUUUGGAGAAACUGCAGCUACAAGACAACCACAUCAACCGGGUACCGGCCGGAGCUUUUGCUUUCCUCAGGCAGCUGUAUCGGUUGGAUCUGUCAGGCAACAACCUGAGCAGUCUGCCUCACGGAGUGUUCGAAGACCUGGAUAACCUCACGCAGCUCCUGCUCCGUAACAACCCGUGGCAGUGCACUUGCCGGAUGAAGUGGGUGAGAGACUGGUUAAGGUCGCUGCCGACAAAAGUCAACGUCCGAGGGUUUAUGUGCCAGGGACCAGACAAGGUCAAGGGCAUGGCUAUCAAGGAUUUGUCCAUGGACUUGUUUGACUGUGGAGGAUCUGACUUGGGCAGGGGCCAGGGGGACCCUACCGAGACCAGCACUGUCUCUAACACCUUACUGCCCUCACAACCCCAAUGGCCCUCCUUUGUGACCAAAAGACCGGUGGUGAGAAUGCCAGACAGGAAUAAGAACUACCGAAGUACUGCGACACCACCAGGAAGAAAGAUCAUCAGGAUCAGCGUGAAGUCGAGCAGUGCAGAGACAGUGCACAUCUCCUGGAGGGUUUCUGUACCCUUGACUGCCAUGAGGCUCAGCUGGUUAAAACUGGGCCACAACCCUUCGUUUGGUUCCAUCACGGAGACCAUCGUACAGGGCGAGAAGAAGGAGUACCUCCUAACAGCUCUAGAACCGGAAUCCUCGUACAGGAUAUGCAUGGUUCCCAUGGAGACCAGCAACAUUUACUUGACGGACGAGACACCAGUUUGCAUAGAGACAGAGACCAGUUCUCUGAAGGCUUACAAACCCACCACCACACUGAACCGCGAGCAGGAAAAGGAGCCUUACAACAAUUCCAGUCUGCCUUUAGCCGCGAUCAUCGGAGGGGCCGUGGCUCUGUUGGCAAUAUUAAUGUUGGCGUUUGUGUGCUGGUACGUGCACAGGAACAGUUCAUUGUUUUCCAGGAAUUGCACCUACAACAAGGGCCGUCGGAGGAAGGACGAUUACGCCGAGGCGGGGACGAAAAAGGACAACUCAAUCUUGGAAAUACGAGAGGCAUCUUUUCAGAUGAUCCCCAUACACCCUGUGCCCGUGUCCAAAGAGGAGUUUGUGAUACAUACGAUUUUCCCUCCGAACGGAUUGAGUCUGUACAAGAGCCCGCACAGCGAGACCAGUAUUAGCAACAGAAGCUACAGAGACAGUGGAAUACCUGAUUCAGACCACUCCCACUCAUGAUAUUGAUAACGCGGGAACAUUUCGCUAUAAAUGAGUGCGUUCGUUGAUGACAUGAAACUAAAGUGGCUAAAAAACUUUGUUAUAAAACACUGGAUCUACAAGACUGAGUGGGGAAGCAAUGUUCUUCUGUACAUUUGCUCAUAUAAUUUAUAUUUAAGGACAUUUUAUGACAAAGAGGAGAAGAAAUGUUGUUCACAGAUAGUAGGGCCAUCACUGAGCCGCAGGUCAGUGUAUGUUGUAACUAAAACUGCAAUUCUAUAUUUUAGGGGUUGGUAGUAAUUUGUAUUGUAUUUUUCUUUUUUUUUGGCUUACGGUUACCCUAACAACCAACUAUAAAAAACAAACUCUGUUCUACUGAGAUAUAAAGACUUGUCAACUGUGAAAGUGGGUUUUCAUUGCUGUGUUGAACAAUCAGACUUUAGAGAACCUUGUAGAAUAAAGCACAGGUCUUUACACUCGUUUUGUGGCUGUUCGGUAAAAACCAAAAAAAAGCAACAAAAAAAAUAUAUGAAAUGAUCAAAACUAGGACCCAGCUGAUUAACUGAGAAGAACCAGGGAGACAGCGGGCACUCGUUCUCUGAGGAGAGAUAAGCAGAGAGCAGUCUCCUACAUGUAUGUGACUAUCUCUGGAACCAUGACUAGAUAUGUCCUGCUUUACUGCUGUUCAUUUAGUUCGUUGUUUGGAAAAAACACAGAAACACGAGAGAGCCAAUCGAACAGACGCCCAGGCGGGCACGGCUCCUGUGUGUGUGUGUGUGUGUGUGUGUGUGUGUGUGUGUGUGUGUGUGUGUGUGUGUGUGUGUGUGUGUGUGUGUGUGUGUGUGUGUGUGUGUGUGUGUGUGUGUGUGUGUGUGUGUGUGUGUGUGUGCGUGCGUGCGUGCGCGUGUGUGUGUUUGCGUGUGUGUGUGUGUGUGUGUGUGUGCGUCAGGCCACAGCACAGGGCAGAUGAAGCACACAGACCUUUAGGGCCAUUACCCAGGAUGGGAUUAACCCAUGCAGGGUGGCCAGGCUGACAACAGAGAUGACAUAAAGAACACCAACUAUAUCUAUUUGUUCUCGCCAACACAAAGGCUAAACUACAAUGGAUGACAUUCUCCAGUCCCUUGUACCAUAUGUCAUCCAAACGUUACCCUCAAACAAAGCUUAGAUUGAAACCGGUCUGUGAAAAAAAAGGUUCUAUAAAGAAACAACACAUUGGCUUUUCUUUUGAAUACAAACUGAGCAUCACCUAUUUCCUUGUUUAUGAUUAGUUUCCCCCCCCCCAGAUUGACUACUUCUAUGUUGCCACAAUUUCAAAGUUGAAUUGUUCUUUAUGAAGUUGAAUUUGUUCUUUACAAAGUUAAUUGUUCUUUACAAAGUUGCUCAGGGAUUCUUGAAACAAUUGUCCUGUCUUUCGAGAAUCCCUGAACUGAAAACCAAAGUGCUAUUGAAUGCCCUUUGGCCAGUCGUGUAUGUGCCUUGAUCCAAUGCUUAUUGUAUUUAGCUUUCUAAGAAAUCACUGACUUUUUUGUCAUUCACACUUGAAUAUGAGAAAAUAUUGCAGAAUAAAAA